GAGAUAAUACGAAAGUCGUAGCGUACAAGAGCCCUAGAUUACAGGCGAAAGGUGCGAAUAAUGGAAACUUGAAAAGUGUACGGGAUAACAGGACAACAUACGGCGACUGUCAACUCAAUCACCGCGAAAGGUCAGAAGUAUUUGCACGAGUGUGAUGUGAUAGCCCGGGGUUUUAAGACAGGGGUUCCGCCACUUCUGAUAAACAACAAUGAUACAGGCUGAUACAUGAGAUGGUCGGCAAAGUGGUAAAUUCUACUUUUGCUGUUCACGCUCGACGUAUUUCCCGGUCGCUCGCAAAUGUAACUAGCUACAUUCGGUGGUAGCGAAGGAAACGAAACAUGGCGUCCCCUCCAAAAGCGCGAACGGCAGCAAGUAAGGACUCACCAAGAAAACCUUCACCUUCCAAACAGACUUCGUCUCUCGCAAGACAUGGUGGCUCUUUGAGUGCAAGUUCUGAGGGGAUGCUAUCGCAAAUUCAAGCCUUGUCCGAUGACCAAGAGAAAAUACAAAAGAAAACAUUUACAAAAUGGAUGAACUUUUAUCUGGCUAAGAGUAAACCAUCUGUUCAAGUGGAUGACAUUUUUACUGAGCUACAAGAUGGCACCAAGCUGCUUACACUGUUAGAGGUGUUAUCUGGGGAGAAACUGAGAAAAGAACGUGGUAACAAGCGACCUCAUCAGCUUGCUAACCUGGGGCAUGUUAUUGAUUUCCUUACAGAAAAAAAGGUAAAGCUGGUCAAUAUUCAUCCAGAGUCCAUUGUAGAUGGCAACACCACAAUUAUCCUCGGCUUGCUGUGGAUUAUAAUUCACCAUUAUCAGAUUCAAGGUUUUUAUGCCACCAAGAAGAAAGUGAGAACCAGGAAGUUUAUGUUGGAAUGGGCAAAGAAAGCCACCAGUAAGGCAUCAGGCUCUAAUGAGGCUAUUAAGGAUUUCAGUACAAGCUGGAGAACAGGGCAAGCGUUUUUACAGAUCAUUCAUUCUUUCAGGCCAGACCUGGUGAAUAUCGCAACCAUAGCAGAGAGAGAUAAUAUAACUAAUUUGACAGAAGCAUUUGAUUUGGCUUACACUCACCUUAACGUUCCAAAGCUGUUAGAGCCAGAAGAUGUUGAUGUGGAGAAACCAGAUGAGAAAUCAAUAAUGACUUACAUGGCCUCCUUGUGUGAUUCUUUGGGAGAAAACUCUCCAAAGAAAGUCAAGCCCAUAGCCCCAGUCAUACAGUCAGCUAAGCACACUGGAAAAGAUGGCUCCCCUGAUAAAACCUCCAGGGACCGGACUCCAUCACCCCCAAAGCCCUCUGCCAGGACAUCUGCUCCUUCGUCGCCUAGCCCCACCAAGCAUCCCACAUGGGAAGCAUCACCUGAAAAGUCAAGCAAGGCACCUAGCACUUCAAAGAAACAAAGUGCAGCCGAGAAGGCCAAACCUAGUAGAGUGACAUCAUCCUCUGGUACUGAUAAACCGACCACAAGGCCUUCGGCGCCUGUAAAAGGUGUACCAGCCGUAAAAGCGAAAAGCAGCGAAGAAACACUAUCACAAGCUCAUUUUUUUAGCACAUCUGAGGAUAUAAGAUCCACAUCUCGCACUACGAGCAAUGAGGAACUCAAUGAAAGGGUGAAAUCACCGCCCCCUGCUGGCUACUCUGAUUCGUCUUCUGCUAGCUCAUUGGAUAGUGCAAGGUCUCCAUCUCCCGCCAAAAAUCAGGAGAAAUUAAGUCGGAGGGUUAAGUCACCGCCACCCGGAUCUCCAGUGUCAUCUUCUAGCUCAUCCGAUCGCACCAAGUCCCCAUCCCCUGCAAAGAACCAGGGGAAACUGAGUGAGAGGGUGAAAUCAACAACGCCUGGAUCUUCCGCAUCUUCUACUAGCUCAUUAAAUGGCACAAGGUCACCAUCGCCAACAAAGAGUCAGGACAACCUCAGACAGAGGGUCAAAUCGCCACCUCCUGGGUCUACUGCUUCUUUAUCUACUUCUUCAAGCAGCCUCACCUCAAGAAAAUCCCAGUCGCCAUCCAAAAGCUCGGGUUCUUCCCAGAAGAAACAGUCCCUGCCUCCUUCCAUUGCCACAUCAUCUGUUGGGAUCAAACGCACCAAGAACCCUCAGCCUUCUCUUAACUCUUCAUCGGAGCGCCUGCAUACAAAGAGAUCUUCUCUUGUCCCUCUGGAGAAGUCAUCUGACAAGCUAAGGGUCAAACGCCCUUCAUUGUCUGCAUCUUCAGAGAGGCUGAGCGUGAGAAAGCAGUCUGUGUCAAAGAUUGACACCCGGCGGAGGAGUGUGUCGGGCAUUAAGACAACAAGAGGAGGCAAGGCGGCUGGUAAAAAAGCUACUGAAGUGGAGAUGAAAUCUGAGUCUUCUGAAACAGAAUCCGAGGAUGAUGAAGCAGAUGGUGAGGCGUGUGACGUGGAAUUGGCGUACUCUGUCUUGAUGCAGUGGCUUGUAGACUUGGAUCGUAGACUACAUUACAUGGAAACAGAGAAAUCGGGCGAUGAAUCGCAACAAGACCUACAGCAAAAGCAGAAACGACUCCAGAAGUUUCGUCAAGAGAUCCAGAGUCGCGAGUAUCAUAUCACUCGCAUCAAAUCUAUCAAGUACCCUCAAUGGCAAGUACCGGAGGACAAGCUCUCCGUCCUUGUCAGCCAGUGGGAGAUCGUCAGGCGAAAGGUGACUGUUCUAGAAGAGAAGCUCUACCAAGUCGGAGGCGAAGCGCGGCGUGAUGGCGAACUCUCACAGCUGUUGCUAUGGUUGCACGAGGCCGAAGCGCUGCUCGGCUACCAAGAGACGUCCGAUGUGCCGCCCAAAUUCCUUCUUCGUCAACAUGAGAGUUUUUUUGAGAACAUCGAUGGUUUCCGGCGCAUCUUGCAAACCAUCACCGAAAGUGGUCUCGAUGACAGCAUUGUCGUGGAUAAGGGUCUUCUGGCAGACACGCAAAGACGGUUUGAUGAGGUGGAGCGACUCGCCGCUAAGCGCGCGCUGCAACUCCGGUUUGAUCAUCUACGCUCAAGGCUACUCCUACUAAUGGACGCGGGACGAAAACAGCUUAUGCGGCAACCCGUGAAGUUUUCAUCUCGGGAGAACGCGGAGAAAGUCUUAUAUGAACAUAAUGAUUUUUUUACGGACAAAAAACACCUCAAAAAGUGCUCCAAAUACAUAAACCAUUUGACCCAAACCACGGCAUCGUACACUGGACUGCUGGACGGCACGGAUCGAGAAGCAGCUGAGGACGCGUUUCGUCACGUCGAGGCGCUCUGGGAGAGUUAUUCAGACGAGUGUUCUGUCCGGUUGAAGCAUCUGGAAGACGUGCACAAGCGAUGGGUGACGUUUGACGCGCUAAUGGAAUCCGUAACUUCGUGGAUGCACGAGGCGGAGAGGCUUAUCAAAAACGGCAAACUAAGCGCUUGUAAGGAAUACUUAAAGAACGUCGACCAAAUUCAAGUUGACGUGGAGAUGCUCCAAGACUGCGGGAAAGCGAUCCUUGAGAACUGCAUUGAGAGAGUGAAGUUCGAGAUAAAGCAGUCCUUACGGUCUGUCGAUAGACGGCUUAACCGCAUAGUGCGCCGACAGUCGCGCAUCAUGAAGUGCGAUCGCCGCAACCCAAAACUCGAGCAGUUUGAGAGUAUAGUGGAUGGUAUAAUGGACUGGAUAUACGACACUGAAGUGCUCCUCACGCACACCGUGGAGAGCACACAUGCAGCUGUCAGGGAAAGGACGCAGCGGCUAGAAAUUGCUCAGAGGGGUGUCGAGGAAUGCGAACACAACGUCGUCUCGGUGAAUCACCUAACCAAGCCUAUACUAAAAGAGUUCAAAACCGAUAUGGCCUCCUCUAUCAACGCAACCCUUUCACACAUCAACCGACGCUUCGAGAAGAUUAAAUCUUCAGUGACACACAAGCAUCGCAGUUUAAAGCAGUGCGUGUCACAGCUUAACGCGUUUGAGGAAGGUAUAGAGGAAGAGUUAGAGUGGAUGGACAAGGCGCUAGAUGCCCUUGCAGCCUACAAGAACCUGAGUACUGUCGAGGAGGUCGAGCAGGAGCUAAGCAAGUACAAGGAGAUCUUCUCCAGUGUCGACCAGCAUGGCGCGGUGGUUGAGGCAAAAAGCAGUUAUCUUCAGCAGCUCAAGGGGAGUCUGAUCGAUCUGAUAGAUCCGUCUGACAUGCAGGAGACCAUGAACACUCUAAACACUCGAUGGAAGGUGGUCCGAACAGGGGUGGACGCCCACAUGCACAAUCUGUCUGAAUGUCAGCGGUUGCUGCAGCAGUUUGAAGAGAGCGCAAGGAAAGUACGGACGUGGACGAUUGACUCCAACAUAUCAGAGAUAUCUGAAGAUGAAUUGGAGAGUGUGCAAGCCGCUUGCGACGAACUCAUUCAAACCCAGCAACAACUCAAAAACGUGGCUCCCAACGACAGCGUCAAGAAAAAACUAGAACUUUCUGCUAGAACAGUCGCGCAGGACUGGGACGAGGUGUACAGCAAGGAGAAAAGCAGGCGUCUGAACAUGCGCGUAACUGAGUGGAGGACUGGGGCUGAGAGUGGUAUGGCUGGACUGGAAGAUGAGCUCGGGGCUGUGAUGGGUACUCUGCGGACUGAUGGCUACUCUUUUGAGCUAGCAGACCGAUGCCAGGAUACGCUGCUAAAUCCUGACAAGAGAAUUGCCAUCGACGAUCACAUCAGGAAUCUCAAUGAGACUGCUCGCAGCAUCGCCGCACAGUCGUUACCUGGCCUUGACCUUAGCGCGAUGUGUCAAGAUCUGGAUGUUCGGUGGACUGCACUCAAAACGAAUAUCGAGGAGUCAGUAGCGAGGGUCGAGGAGGCGGGGAGGAGUCUUCGCGAGUAUGACGCUUGCAAGCAGAAGCUGGAGAAUCUUGCGCGAGAACUUACAAAUACCAUAUCCGCUAUUGAUAAAGUCACAGAGUACAAUGAGCUGCACGGUUUGGUGAAAGAGUUUAAGGAGCUUGCUGCAGACUUCGAAAACAGCCUCUCUUCUUUGCCGAGGUUUCUAGAGGUUGCUGCUGAAAUCGUCAAGGAAAGUAACAAGCUAGAUGUUGCAGGAGAAGCGAGGUCGAUCUCUGAUCGCGUUGAAGCCCUAGUACCCUUGAUUACUAUUACAAAUAAUAAGCUUUCGGUCAUGCAAAGGGAUUUUCUUCAGGAGAAGUCUAUCAAAGAGCACGUGGUGUUUUUGAGAGAGGUGGAGAGUCGACUUGAUGUGGAGUUUUGUUUGGACAGAAUUGAUGAUGUCGAAAAGGAACUGGAGAAUCUGAAGAGCAUCUUGGAUUCACUGGAGGCACACGAUGAAAAUAUCUCACAGACCAUUGCAGAAAUCAAGACCUCUUGUAGAGACUCGAGAAUCAUGUCAACCGACAAGAGCCAGAAACCACUCACCAAGGGACAAUCAGUGAAGUCACUUACCCAAAGUCAAAAUCCACCUGCCCAGGAAGAGGGACAGUCGUCCCAGAGCCAGGAACCGUCUGCUCAGGAACAAGGACGGUCGACACAGGGAAAAGAAUCGUCUAAGCAGGAAGAAGAGCCCUCCAUCCUUGGUAAGGUAGCCGAACUAGAACGCCUUUAUGAGCAGAUAACGAGCCGGUGCGAGGGCAGAGAGGAGGAUUUGCACACUGCUCUGGAACAGUGGCAGGGGUACAACUCUGCGAUGCAGUGCUUCAAGGAGACGCUUGCUAUGGGUGAGGUGGAACUCACACGCAGGAAGACACUCGUACUUUCCGAGAUUGAGAUGAUUAAUGAACAGAUAAAUCUCCUCAAGGAAUUUAAGAACGAGGUUAAAUCUCGACUUGAUGAAUAUGAUUGCUUGUUUGAUAUUGGCGAGAAGUUGAAGAGGGGUGCUAGCAGUGAGGGUGAAGCACGGAUCGACGAGGAGCUGCUAAAUGUUUCCUCCUUACGCAAGUCGUUAAUGGAUGAGAUCCGCAGCCACCUCGGUCACUUGAACACCGUGGCUAAGCGCUGGGUCGGUCUGCAACAACAAAUGCAUACAUUUGUGGAGUACAUGGACAAGGUAGACUCCAAGCUUGAGAGACGCAAAGAAAGCAGGAUAUCGCAGGAGUGGAUGAACCAGGUUAAGGGCGUCUCGAGUGAGCUUUUCAAGCGCCGCCAGAGUUUUACUGCGUUCACAGAAGAAGGACGACGUCUCUCGGACUCUUUCGUGGACGUUGGUGCUAUGCACUUCAAAGCCAAGCUGUGCAGCCUGAAGGAGCGCUGGAAUGAGCUGUUCAGUAAAGCCAUCAAGUCUGAGGAUACAGCCGACGAGGGACUGAAGCCUCUAAACGAGUACCAGGAGGCUUUUGAAGAUUUUACAUCCCGAUUUGAGGAACUCGAAGAAAAGGUGGAAACUGACUUACCGAAAUUUCAGGACUUAGAGCAAGUUACUGCCCAAAUAGAAGAUGACCAGGAUCUAAUCGUUAAUCUCCGUGAGCUGAGGGGCUCUUUAGACACUCUUAUCUGGAAAGGCUCAAACCUGGCGGCAAGUGUGCGCCUUAAAGACCUCGAUAUCAAAGGCACUUUGAAGCAACUCGAGGAGAAAUGGAAUUACUGCGUUCAUGAGGUCGAGGCCAGACUGGAAGAACUUGACUCCCUGCGUAUUGACUGGGAAGAGCGAGAGAAGAUCUUGCAAAAUAUGGAAUUCUGGGUAAAAGAGGCGGAGUCUCAGCUUGAAAGUGAGAAAAGUUUGGCAAGUCGUGAUGAGGAUUCGAUCAAAGACGUGCUAUCUUACUAUGAGGGCGUCCAAUCGUCGAUGGAGAAUCGAAAAGCAGAGUUCGAGGAGGUGAUUUCUCAGUUUGAGGGAGUGAAAUCAAUUAACCAGGGAAGGUUUAUCAACGAAGAGAUUAUCGAGAGGAAGUGCCAGUCUCUUCGCGCCAAAUGGGACUCACUUGGCAGUAGCAUUCCUGAUAGGGUUGACUCGCUGAGAGAGGAGCUACACAGCUGGGGAAAGUUUUUCUCAGACUUAGAGAAGUUCAUCGCGUGGGUAGACGAGAUGGAGGGAUUUACACGAACCGAGAAGCCACGGAAUGAAGCAGAGGCGAAGCAGCAGUUGAAAGAGCUCGAGGAAUUCCAAGCAGCCUUCAAAACUCGUCAAAGUAGCUUCGAAAGCGUAAUAAAAGAGGGUCGCGAGGUUCGUCUAAAAUCGAGUCAAGGGAAGUCAUCUGAUGAGCUGAAUGAGAAGUUGUCGCAUCUGACUGACCGCUGGGACGAGAUGCUGAGAUGGGCUGCGGGCCGGUACCAGAUACUGGUGCUGUCCAAACACUAUCUGGACUCCUCUAAGCAGGUGGUGCAAUACCUGGAAAAGAUAGAAACCAAGCUUAGCACUAGCAAGGAUAUCCCGCAGAGCGUACUCGACAAGAUUAAAGAGGAGUCGGAGAAAGCCAAGACGAGGGUUGCUCAAUGGAACGAGCAAUGCCUAGAUCUAAAUGUAGUUGUCAAAGAGGGUCACCUCAUGUUGGAGCAGGCCUCUGGAAAGGCCGUCGCGUUUGACGAACAACUCGGCAACCUGAACUGCGAGUGGCAAACAUUGAUCCAAGAGAUUGAAGGGCAAAAGAAAUCUAUCGAGAAAACAGCCAGAAAGUGGUGGGACUUCACCAGGAACAAGCUCAAGAUGCUGAGGUGGUUGAAGAAGAAGGAAAGCGAUGCUGACUUUAGCAAGAACCUCAGUUUUGACAACGCUGAAGAGCAGAUGAACGCCUAUCAGAGUAUCCUUGAUCGUUUGGACGCACACAAGCGAGACCUCGAGGCCCUGCGCCAAGCCGCCCAGGACAUGAAGGACGAUGACACGGAUGGACUUGCCAUACAAGAGAUGAAGCAACUCAUUGAGAAAUUCGAGAACUUGCAGAAGAACGUGAAUGAAAAGAAGGAGUACUUUCAGCGCAUGGCGGACAAAUGGCAGAUGUUCUCUGAUCAGAAACACAAGAUGAAUUCGUUCUUUCGUAACACUCGUACUAUCGUGGCUAAACGACAGCUGCGUAGCGCUGAAGAUUGCAAGAAACAGAUUGAAGAGUGCAGGGCUAUCAAUAAGGACCUUGAAGAUAACGGGAGUGCACUAGAGGCGGCAAGCCUGGAAGCAAGCGCUAUACUAGAGGACCUGAAGCAGUUCGAGGGGUUUGACACGCAGGCAAUGGAAGAGGAACUCCGACAGGUGAAUCAGAUGUAUACCGAAACUCGUGUGCAAGUUGACGUGAAGCAAAAGGCGUUGGAGCAAGUCGCCUCCGAGUGGGACGAUCUCGAAAAGGGCAAGGAGGAGAUCCAGAGAUGGAUCAGUGACGUGAAGAAAGAGUUGUCUGCCUCAGAUGACGAGGAUGAGCCCGUUGUAGUCAGGAGAAGGGAGAAGCUUAAGGGUAAAGUCGCUUCCCGCGAAGAUCAUCUAAAGCGAUUGAGCUGGCAAGCCGUUAAGCUAAUGGAGGAUUUUGCAGAUGAUGUCGAUGUUGACAUGAGCGAUACUUUCCAACCUCUCCUUCGUGAAUGGAAAAGUGUCCAGGAACUUGCUGGGUUACAAGUAGAAGAUGCCGAACACCAGGAAAUGGUGGAGAGCUUCAAGCGUCGAAGCACAACAUCCAUGGGCGACUUGGAUGAGAAUGAAUAUGUGGCGGAGCUGCAAAGCUCCAACCUGAACCGAAAAGUUCGUACCAUGUCUUAUGGUAGCGAGACGAACAUUGGAGAGUCCGAUCGCCGACGUUUUUCUAAUGAUAAGUCCAUGGAUACUUUGUGGAGCUCUUCCACUUCAUUUUCCAUCAGUGUGGACCAGUUAGACGACGGUUUCCCAUCAAGUCCGCCAUUCAAUUUGUACCCAAUGAACGAUGACGCCUUCAGUAAUAGCCAGUUGUUCCAGCAGCGUGAUCGAGAGGAUACCAUAUCAGAGGAUACAGUCAACGCCGCAGGACAAGAAAAUGCUGAUCCUACAUCGUUAGAUAAAACCACUGAGAGCUUGGAGACCGUCACAGCUGAUGACACGUUGAAGGCUGAGAAGACUGAAGACACGGUGAAGGCACUGUUGGAUGAUAUCAUUGAGAGAAUAAGCGAUACUUGCAAGAGGCUAUCUCUGUGUUCAUACGAGCCUAAAGACACAGAAGAGGAUCUUGCGCGUAAACUUGAGGAAUGCAAGUACUUGCAGCAAGAUCUUGAGUCCCACAGAGCCGAGCUCGAAGACUUGACCAAGGAGACUGUAGCACUUCCAUUAGAGAAAGUGAUGGCGGAUGCCUCGGCCAAGCUAUCCGAGGGCCUGGGCCUCGCUCCUGACACCGAGAGCGAGUUACAGUGCGUCAUAGACCAGUUUGAGGAGUUUAACAUAUCAGUGAGUGAGUGGGGAUCGUGGUUCUACCCCGCGCAAGCAACACUUGAAGAGUGCAAGGGAGAGUGGAUCACCAAGUCCCACAUGGAAGAGAUGAACGAUAGAUUGCAGGUGCUUGUGGACGAGAUGGACCGCAAUGAUCAGCUUAUUGGUGAUGUGUACAACAAGGGCGAUAUUCUUCUUCAAGUAGUAACAGGCCCUAGCAAGUCAAGCAUUGAGAACCAACUCAACCAGCUGGAAGAAGAGUGGGCAGACUUCUGUCAGGACACCAUUACAAUCAAGACCGAAAUAGAAGACACGCUAAGUCAGUGGGCGGAGUACGAAGAGAGUAGGGACAAGCUUCAUCAGUGGCUGCUUGAUGUGGAAAACAAGUACAAGGAGAAGGCCAGUGAUUCUGCGAAUGUUGCUGUGCUUCGAGAAGAACUCGAGGAUAUUAAGAAAUUACGCCAAGACAUGGGCAUCCAGGAACUUGUGCUAGACUUUAUCAACGUGAAAGGCCAAGAAUUCAGCGGAAAGGUAAUGGAGAACGAACACUUUGAGUUGGACCUGAAAGCUACUAACGACCACUGGGACUCAGUGAAAGAGCAGGUGUCGCGGCGCAGCCUCCAUCUGAAAGACCUGCUGUGCGACUUGUGUGCGCUUGAGGAAGAUGUGGUCAAGCUUGGUGAGGUUCUCCACCACACCGAGGUGUGCCUGAACGACAGCGAAAAUACCAAGGAGCCUGGCUAUAAUGGCAUCCAGAAACAGCUGGCCAAGCUCAAGGCUCUGGCAAACAGCUUCGAAGGCCAUGUUGCACAGCUAACAGACGUCCGGGAGAUGUUCAACCGUGUCCGAGAACGAUGUAAUAGUGAAAGUCGCACUGAUCUUAGCGAUAGGCUGAAAUUCCUUGACAAUCGUUGGCACUCAGUACGUGAUCAGAUCUCGGAAAAGGUCCAAGCCGCGGAGACAGAGAUCAGUGAGUGGACCUCGUACAAUCAGCAACUGGAUGAUAUGAUAACCGAACUACGCAACGCCGAGAUUAGCCUCGGUGCCUCCUUGAUGGGAACACCUGACUUGGACCAGCUCGAGAGCCAAUUGGAGGAAGUAAAGGGUCUGUGUGAGGACAUGGAGGGCAAGCAAGAGCUCUUUGAGAAUCUGAAGAACAAAGGCGUUGAUAUGAUGGAGAAGAUUCCUGAGGAAGACAAGUCUUAUCUGUCGAGUCAGCUGCGCUGCUUGUCAGAGUUGCAGAGUAGUGUGAUCCGUAAGGCUGUCGACAAGCAAGAGGAACUCAUUCACAAAAUCAUGCAGAGACAGGACUUCGAAACCCAGCUGCAGAGCUGUGUUCAUGUGCUGGCAGAAAUAGAAGCGACGCUAAGCAGUGAGCUCAGUCCAAGCCUUGACAUAAAGGACAUGAGGGAUAAGUUGACACAUUGUGAGUCUCUGGUGUGCGAGCUAAAUACCCAGAAAGAAUACGUCAACCAACUCAGUGAAAAAGUAAAAUCAAUUAUCAGAGUAUCCCCUUCCCAACGCCGUGAGAAUCUUGACAAGCUGAAGAAUGUAGCAGAUUUGUGGAAAAAAGCCAUUCGGUUAGCGAACGAGAAGAAAGCAGAUCUAGUAAAAGGUAUUCAGCAACAGGAAUCUUUCGAUGAGAAAUACAUGGAGUGCAUGAAGAUGUUUCAAGAGAUUUCGGAAAAUCUCAUCAGUAUUUCAAAUGAACAAGAUCUGCAUUAUGUAGGUAGUCGUGUCGACGAUGCUGUAGCACUGGGUAAGGAGAUAUGUGGCCAUCUCGAGGAGCCUGAUAGUUCCUUUUUAAGUGAGAAAAUCGAGUCUCUUAAGAUCGCCUGGGUGCAGACACAAGAGGUUCAGCAGCAGUCGACGUUAGUACAGGAACAACAAGCCAUGAAUGAAGAAAGACUUAAUGAAGUUCGUAUCCAUUUUGAAGAUUACCGCAGUAAACUUAAGAUUUUCAAUUCCUGGCUAGACGAGGCAGAGGCGAUGCUCAAGACAGAAAUGUUCUCGGUUCCCGAGGAAUUGCAGAUGGAGGAAAUUCGUAAACAGGAACAGCUUCACAACCAAAUGCAAGCCAAUUCAGCUCUUGUAGAGAGUAUUAUUGAACAAGGGAAAUCUUUAUCGGGUACUUUAUCCGAAAAUGAACGAGAUGAAGUGCAGAAAGAACUGAAGCAAUUAUCCGAACGAUGGUCAAACCUGCAGACGCUCGCAGACCAAAGUGGAAGUGAGAUGGAGCAAUGCAUCGCAGAGCAGUCCGAGUACUACCACGAACUCGAACGGUGCGUAGACUGGCUUCAGGAUGCCGGAGCAGCGAUUGCAAAUUACGAGGUCGACAACAACGACCUUGUAGGUGUGCGACAAGAACUGGAGAGUCACGAGCAAUUAUCGGCAGAGAUAAGGACUCGUGCUUCAAUUGUUGCGUCAGUGAUCGAGAAAGGGAAUAAACUUGUGAAAAAGCUGCCAGCACAUGAGAAAGAAGAUGUCCGUGAGCAGUUGGUACGGCUCGAGGAGGAAUGGCAAAAUCUGAACGAACAAGCAAACGAUAAGAGGAAAGAGCUGAAGUCAUUUUUAGGAGAGUCUGACGAACAAGAAAUGCCCGAAGACCAGGGAGAUCCCGAGAAGAAAAAGGAUAAUGGUAAAGUAAAUAUGCCAGAAUUUAAGAAGGAACUUGCAAGAAACAUGGAAUUCAUUCAAGAUCUAAUCUGGACUUGUUCUUAUGGUGCAGCUGAUCGUAAUGUGCACGCCGAAGUUGAGUCUGAACAUGAUCGCCUGGAAGCAUUCAUCGAAGAAGGGAAAGCAUUGGUUGUGGGUCUUGAUGAAGGACCACAGCGCGAAGAACUUCAAAAAGAAGUGGAUAAACUUCAUGAGGCCUGGUCUACCCUGGUCCGUAAAGCACGCGGGAAGAGACGCAAGUUGCAGCGGCAGGGAAGCUCGGCAGAAAAGAAGCAAAUGGAAAUUAUGGCGCAGAUCGCACAAUUUAAGAUUUGGAUGCAGAAUUUUAGCACAGAUUUUUUGAUUGAUUCCGAUAGCGUAGAUAACAUCCCAGAGCUUUUAAGAAAAUGUAGAAAUAUUGAUGCUGAUCUUAUUCACGGACAAAAACAGCUUGAUGAGCUGGGAAGAAAAAUUGAAGACAUGAGAGCCUCCAUUAGUCCUAGCGAGCAAGUGAAUAUAGAGGGCAUUGACACAACUAUCAGUGAACUGAUCAGCAAAUGGCAGUCCACCAAGACACAGGCUGUGAAUACAGUGACAGGACUAACGGAAGUGAACAAUCUGUCCGAAACUGUAGCCAUAUCCGAGCGACACAGUGCAGAGCUCAGAGACUGGGUUGAAGGUGAAGCUGCAAGCGAACACACAGAAGGACUUUCCUCUGCUUUGGACAGCGUAAUCGAAACCCAAGAUGAGUUAACUCCAAUUAAAUCGCAGCUGCUGGUGAUAGAGAUCGAUCUUCGAGUGUCUUUUACUUCUAUACGAGCUCGCGUGGAUGCAGCGGCUUUUGAACUAGCGAGACUCAAAGUAUGUCUGCAAGAACACAUUCAAAGGCGAAAAUCCGCAGAAUUGGAAAAAUCACAGUUAGAGGAAGAAAUAAUCAGUUGCAAGAAACUGAUUGAACAAGUGGACGAAAUUUCAGAAAGAGAUAUCAAAACUAUGGAUUAUACACUACUGAAUGAGUUUAAGAGUGAGAGUGUCACCGCACUAGAAUCAUCUGAAAACGCAGUCGCAACACUGAUGCAUAAGAUUGAUGGAACACUUGAUAAUUUAAGUGAUGAGGAUCGAAAUAGCAUAGGAUGUAGUGUUACAGAAAUAUAUUCCCAGCUUGAACGUGCAAAAGCUCGGAAUGCAUUGGUGUUGCAGACUUUGGAUGAAAUGAUUCACGCUAGACAAAUGUUUAAGCAGGACUACGAGGAGUGCGAGCGUGUUGUAGCGAGCUUGGAGGAAAAGCUUUCAAACUCACUCGACCAUGAUGGUGGACUAUCCUCAUUACAUAAUCGUCUGCAAGACCUCUGCGAGAUUAAAAGGAUGCUUAGCUCAGAGGCAGGAAUCAUACAACUAUUUCUUCAGUCUGAAAGCAAAGACGAUGGUUUUACCAAGGAAGUUGAAUGUGGAGAAAUCUCUGAACGCGUACUCAGGUUAAAGGAAACGGCUGAAAGUACCUAUUUGAUUUUGAACGACCGGAUCGAAAAGGUCAAAGCCUUAAACAGUUCCUUUAAGGAAAUUUCGGAUUGGCUUUUGAGUGAAACCCGAGGGCUUGAAAACAUAGAUCAACCCCGAACAAUGUCCUCCAUUGAUGAGAUUCUUUUAAGGCUUCAAGAAAAACAAUCCGAGCUUUUAAGCCGCGAAAAGUCUCUUUUGGACCUUAAAAGUAAGGCAGAAGAGUUUCCGAAGUUAUUCGAAGGUGCCGAAACAGAUUCUGCAAAUGUCCAGCUUCUUUAUGACUCUCUAGAAUUUAAACUACGUGAAACAAUACGAGAGUUAGAGAGAAAUAGAGAUAUCCUUUUGAGAUUUAACGAUGAGCUAGACCAGUGUAGGCGUGUUGUGACAAGCUUAGAGGAACUCCAACCGGAACUCUCUAGCGCAACACACACAGAGCAAAUGCAGUACAUAAAUGAGCUGGAUAACAGGUUUAAAGAAAUUGUGGGGCAGAGUGUUUGCAUUGGCAACCUUGACAAGAUAAAGGCAAGAGUCGAUAAAACUAAAAACGAAAAUUUAAAAAGUUACGCCGAACAAGAAUACAAGCGCAUAGUUGCUGAAUUGGAAUCCAGUCAGGAACAAGCAACUAAGAGACUACAGGAGCUUAGAACACGAGUGGUAUUAGACGACUUAAAUCAGAACAUCGCAAAGGUCUCUGACUGGCUUCAAACUUCUGUCAUUGAAACGGAAGGUCUCGAUCCACCAAGAGGGAAAGAUGAGUUAGUAAAUAAUAUGAAAAGGCUGGAAGCGAUUUUAGAUGAGUCUCUUUCCUACGAAGCGCAGCUAAUGGCUGUAAAAGAUGAUUUAGAGAAACGGAGUGAUGAUUUAAGUCAGAGCUCCGCGGAGGGAAACAUUGAAGUUAUUGACAGUCUACAAGGCUGCAUAUCGAUAUUACAGGAUAAAACUUCCGAGAAACGUGAGAAACUGAAAGAGUGUUUACCUGUAAUAGAUAAUCUUUCAUCACAUGUUAUUUCAUGCCAGGAUUUGACUGCAUCUAAAAACCAAACAUUAAGCUCCGAGCCUACUGAAGAUGAACUCAAUGAACGUUUGUCAGAGCUCAAAACAAUAAGAGCUAAGGCAGCAGAAAUAAGCGAUGAACUAACAAAAGCCAAGACGUCAUUGCAAGAACAAGAAAAAGUAAUAAAUCCAGAGUUUUACCAAUCUCUUCUUGUCGAUACUGAAAAUGCGAUUAGUGAUAUAUCUUCUUUAGUUGGACAGGUUGAGCACCAAACAUCCGAAACUGAAACCUGUCUAGAUAAGAUUGGUCAAUUUCGUAGCGCUUGUACGGACUAUGAAUCUCGUCUUCAGGACGCGGAAGCUAAUGUCAAUGGUUUAGAAAAGUGCGAAUUGUCAGAGCUAUCUUUGUUAGCUGACACUUUCAAGGACGCCAAGCUAGACCUUGAAGCAAACGCAGAACAGCUGGUGAUGUUAGAGGGCUUGAGUGUGAUAUCCCCAGACAUGAAGCAUAAGAUAGAUGAGUUAAAGAAAAGAACUACCUCUGUAAGAGAACGUAUGCCCUUGGUAGAAGCACGUGUGGCGCAACGUAUUUCCGACGCCAAUCAGAGCAAGGAAAAGCUUGAAAGAGCAAGGGAAUGGGUCAUGGAGGCUGUAAAGGUGCUCAAAGCCGAUGUUGAGAAUGAUUUGUCAGGACUAUCCUUGGAGCAAUAUGCUGAGAAGGUCAGGCAGAUCGUACUGGAUUCGUCUGAUUUUGAAGGCAAGGUUAAGGAUAUUCUGGAAGAUGAAAAUCUGAGAAAUCUUUCUGAGAAUGACGAGGAAAUAAGGAGAGACCUUAGAUUGUUUCAUGAGAAUUGGAACUUUGUUCAAACUGAUGCAUCACCGUUAGAAGAGUCGCUGAGAGGAAUUCUACAUGAAAAGGCCGAACUUAUUGAUAAGGUCAAGCGAUACUCGGAGGAGGCAAGAUUGCUUAGGCAAGAGAACGAUGUGGUCGGCGACCUCUCUGUCCACCCAGAAAUUGCUAGUUCACAAGUUUCUGAGCAGGACGCGCGUGUCCAAAAAUCGCACACUUUGACUUCAGAUAUAGAAGCGUUGGAACUCGAGGGUAUACCGAUUUUGGAGAAGCUACCAGAGAAAGAUAGAUUACAACUUUUGAAAGAGAUUUCGUUGUUGAAAGAAGACUCUCGAACUGUUGAAGUUGUUGCUGCAGUACGGCUUGAGGACUUAAAGAGUUGGAUAGCCGUUUUGAAUAGCGUACAGCAAGAAUACGGGCUAUGCAGCGAUCACUUAGAUAAGGUGAAAGCCUCCGUGGAAGCUAGGGAUUUGAUAUCCUCUGAUUUGCGAACGGAAAAUAAAUCCCUUGGGAUACUUAGGAACGCAAAAGCGGACUUAGAGGUAGCGGAAGAAAAGCUAGAAAGUCUAGUGGAGAGAGCAGGUGAUGCUUUAGCUCACGCUUCGGCGGAAGAAAGGAAAACGUUUGAGGCAUCACUGAACCAGCUUCGCCUUGACUGCAAAAACACGGACCUUGAGAUCGACGUGUUGGUUAAAGAGACCGAGAGACGCAUCCAAGAACUUAUUGAGUUCGAGGAAAGCUCAUCACGUUGCGAGCGUAUCGUGAAUAUGUAUCAGGCCUCUCUUCCCAAACAAUCCCCGAGCAAAUCAGAGCCAUUAGAAAGCCAAAUAGAGAAACUACAAUGUCUAUACAAUGAGAUGGAGGAGAAAGACAUUUACUUGACAAAGCUAAAGACAUCAGGAGACGUGUUGGCGGACAGAGACCCCAGCAGUACCACACAUACCGCCGGACGUGCUAACAAGCUCUUUGGUGAUUGGAAUCAAGCGAAGACGUCUCUUGGUCAAGCCUUAAAAAAAUGCGAAGGACUUUCUCUUGCAAAGGAAAAAUUUGAAAAGGAGUACAAUCAGUGUUUGGAAAGUCUGUCUGCCUUAGAAGAGAGUAUUCAACAACCGUUUGCCAGCUCCGAGGACAAGAAGGCUAAAGAAGAAGCUCGUUUGAAUAAAGUUGAAGUUUGUGGAGAGCAAAUUAACAGUCUUUUACAACUGUCAACUGGCACUCUAGAACAACUGCAAGACCCUGAAGGCCUGGUCAAGUCUUUGUCGCGCCGACUUGAAAUUAUCAAAAAGCGCGUGCAUGUCGAACUGAAUGAAAUUGAAAAGGAACAGCAAAUUGAAAAAGAUCUAGAAAACGAGAUUUCCGAAAUAAUUGAGUGGAUGAACGAAGUGGCAAGGAUAACUGAAAAAGAAACCUUGACUCGCCACGACGACACGCUUUUGUCUUCAGUUGAAUCAAAUCUUGAUGGCUUAGAAGACAAGUCUCUACGAGUUAGUCAGCUUGUAGAGAAAAUGGAAGAGCUUCCAGAAAACAAACAGAAACAAGUCAUUAAAGAGAAGCUCUCUCAACUUCUAGAUCAACUAAAGAAGCAAAAGGUCGCGUUCAAAGGUAAAGCAAAGCUACUUCGUGAGGAGAAAAACUAUUUGCAGCUUAUUCAAGAACAAGUGAAUAGUAGUGUGGGUGUCAUCAAGGACGUGCUUAUGUUUCUUAACACCGACGAAGUGCCAGAUGAGUAUUCUUGGAAGGAGCAACUUGAAGGCUGCAGAGAACAUUUAGUCAAGCUGGAAACUUCGUUAGACGCCCUAUCGCCCAUUCAGGACAAUGUGACUCAACAGCAAAGUGAUCCCGCGCUCCUAAAGGAGUACAAAAACACCAUGAAAGAGCUAGAUAAUGUCCGCCAUCAAUUAAACGCACGUGUGAAUGAGCUACAAGCAAUCAAUGAAUUCGAAGAAGAUUACGCACGACUGGCAAAAUUGAACACGCAGCUUGUAACAGAGUUAGACCGUUGUAAUGAGGAAUUUAAGGACUUGGAUGCACUUAAAAAUGAUUUAGAAAGUGUUGAGUUACUUGAAAAGAAACUAGCGGAAACAAACAAUCAAUUUGAAGACCUCGAGGAGAGAAGUAGUGAAAUUUCCGAGAAGCUUCCCGUCGAAGCCCAAACAGAGUUGAGAAAAAGACUCAGUGAUCUCAGUCUCCAAAGACUAGAGGUCGAGGGUACCCUUGCAGAUCGCCGUGAAUCCUUGAAUAUUCUUGUGGCAGAGCGACAGUCUAUCAAAGACUGGAUUUAUGUCUCCGAGAGAUUGGUGUCUCAAGGGGCUAACUUGACUGAAGAUGUGUUUUCGCUUGAUUCUAAACAAAUUGCGUCAACUAUUCCAAGUCUACAAGUACUCAUCCCCAAACUGUUGGACCACGUGGUUAUGGGUGACGGACUCAAAGUUUCCCUGAACGACAUGGAACUUCCUUUUCACGAGGCCUUGGCGAAAGUUACUGAAAUGAGGGAACAAGUGCUGGAUGUUGAGCUGAAACUGAGAGAACUACUUCAGCAGCAAAAUGACUCUAAAGAGGCUGUAGCCAUUGUAGAAGAAGUUCUGAGAAAGUGUGAUGUCCAUUUGGAUCCCGUUACUUCCUUGGGAGAUGCUAGGAAUCAAUUGGUGGUUGUCAAGGAUCUUCUUCAAGAGCUUGAAACAAAUGGCAAUAGACUUCAACAUCUGAAUCAACUCGGGCAAGAAACGGCCGGCAAUGCCGCCAAUGAAAACCAGCUUUUACUCCAGGAAAAGUUGCGCGCGCUGACCAUCAGAUGGUGCGAGACCCAAACACGACUGGAGCUUCAGUGCGCUGAGCUUGAGAGCAGCAUCGCCUCAAGCGAGGAGCACGCGUCAGUCGUACGAGACGCGCAACAGCAUGCAGCGGACGUGACAAGGCUGAUCAAAGAGGCUGAGAGCUCGCCACUCGCCGCAGAAAUCUGUGAGGAGCUCGCCAGCAAACUCAACCUCCUGGACUCUGUGUUGUCCAAUAAAGCGUGCGACAAUCUUCAAGGGCUAAUCCCAUGUCCAGAGAACGCAGGCAAUCUCCAGAAAUUCCGAGAAACACUUGAUGAAGGGUCUGCUGUUUUCGAAGCUCUGCAGCAAACUGCCUCGUUCCGCUCUCAGUUCAAGCAAGCCGCUAACGAGACUGACGCUCUUUUGAAACGAAUUGAAGAGAUUAAUCAAAGUAGAAAUUUUGAAGACAGCGCUGCAAUUUUGCAGAACACAAAAGAAGAGCUCGAGGCACGAGAAGACCUACUACAGACGGCAAAGGAGAAAGGCAAGUUGUUCGUCAUGAUGGAAACAUGUCCAUUAGAAGAGAAAAAGAGUAUCGAGGCAGAAAUGGACAGCUUGACGCGGCGAUGGGAGGCUGCAAGAAAUGCCGUGCUGCAAAUGGAGGAAAACAUUAAACCAGAAUUAGCAGAACAAGAUAAGAAAUCUCAAGAUAACAAUGAAUCAGAAACAUACAGACCAACUACUGAGUUUGCACAAAUACAAUCACAAGUGCAGGAAGUUUCUGAAAAACUUAAUGAGCUCCAGACAUCUUCAGAAGAUCUCAAAGUUUUGAGUUUUGAAAAUGGGCAAGUGGAGAGUCUACGUGAGAGUUUUGAGCACCUUGGCCGAGAAGUCACGUCUCUUCAAGGGUCAGUGGAAAACCUGAGUAGUCGAUGCUCUGACCUGAGCCAGUCUUCGUCGCCCGUACAAAGCACGACACUGGAGUCGCAGCUAGAGGGGCUGAUGCAAGGGUGUGGUCGUCUAGAGGGGGAGGUAGCGGAGAAGCAGGAAGAGUUUGAAGACACACUAUGGAAGUGGCAGGAGUACCGUGCAGAAAUCGACUCGUGCUUCCAGAGCCUCGAUAUGAUGAAUGGCUCGCUGGAACUGCAGCAGAGGAACGCGGGCUCACUUGCGGAACAGCAGCAGACCUUUAAGAUGUUAUCCGGCAAUUUGGAACUCCAGGGAGCUAUAAUCAGCGAGGUCAAAGCCAAGUCAAGACAUAUCAGCGACCUAGUAUCCCAGACAGACCAAGAGGGUAUUACUCAGCGACUCAAGGACCUAGACCAGGCGUACCUGCGCGCCAGGGAUCGUCUGCAGGACCGCAAACACGAGCUGGUCCGCGGCUCGGUUGAAUGGCAAGACUUUCACACUGGGCUAGCGGCCUGCACUGAUUGGCUCAUGCGUAACGGUGGCAGAAUAGAAAGUGAAAUCGACCCUCAAGACAUGGCGGCCCUCAAGGCCUUUAACGAAGAAUUAGAGGGGACUGUGAAUAAUUUUGAAAGCGUCAAGAAUCAAGGGUACCGACUUGCAGACUUUCUCGACGAGGCACCCGAAGGAGAAGAAAUGCGGAAUCAAAUUCAUUCUCUACAGGAAAGUUUAGACAGAAUCCAGGGAAUCGUGAUCGAGCGGGAAAGCGCGUUUGGUGAUCAGUAUUACAAGCUUGCCGAGUUUAAAGUCGCCAUGAAGGAUUGUAUCGAUCGAAUUGAUGAGUAUAGGUCAAGUGUGUUGCAAGCGAGAGAAGACGGACUUUUGGACAACGAGGACAGUCUACAGGAGUUACAUGCGGAUCUACAGUUUGUGAAAACCAUUGCCAAGGAAGUAAGUGAGAGAGGGAAUGCCUUGGUGCAGAGCUGUUCAGACUCGGACAAAGAAAACGUCUUACAAAGUCUAGCGAACUUACAACAAGAACUUGACGGUUUAGAAGAUUAUGAUAUUCAACCCGCGGCACUCAACACGAACGCUGUUGAAUCUCAUCUAAACUGCGCUAGCGACACUCAAAACGGCGUGGUGGGCUCACAAACCCAGCACGAGAACGGGGAGAACGCUGACUCUGAUCUAGAGAGUGGUGUGUCGUCAAUGGAGUCGUUUGAAGGGCUACUGAAGCGAGCUGGAUUCGACUCACACGAGAACGAGUCCGGGAUGCAACGAGAUUCUAAACAAGGAUUAUCUAUAUCACCAGACGAGUACGCUCGAUUAAAGCAAACACAUGAAGAUGUUCCAUCGACACAUGUCAACAGUCGUGACGACAAGUCGAGUGUUGGUGAUGAAGAGGAUGCGUCGUCGACCAUACCUGUUGUUGUUUUAACGAACGAAAAUGGCGAUAAUUUAGACAUUGAGUACUGUAACGGCGAGGAGAGUGAGAGGGAAGUGACGUCACCUGCAGGACAGGAAGUAACGUCAUCAGUGCCAAGCGAGGAUAACAGUCAGAGUGCAGAGCUGGUUUAUGAUGAUUUUGAUUUGUAUAUAGGGAACAAAGGCACGGAGUCUGAGACUCGGGACAACCGUGAUGAUGGUCGCGAUGCUGAUGUUAAUGAUCAUGAUGCCAAUGGAAAUCUUGAUGAAGGUGAUGAUUAUGAUGCUGAUGAUGAUAAUAAACAUGAUGCUGAUGAGAAGGUUACAGAUGAUAAUGAUGAUAAUGAUAAUAAUAAUGAUGUUGCAGCCGAUAGUGCGAAAGAGUCUCAAAUUGAAAAUGUGCUUAAAGAACAAGCUAGUGAUGAAAACAGUAAACCUGAGAAUAGCGGGAAGAAAGAUUCUCAUCAAGAUGUCGGAUCGACCCGCGCGGUGCCUGGUGAUAAUAGCUUGAAUGAUUUGAAGGACCAAAGAGAUACUAGCGAUUGUGGUGAUGCCAGUAGACAAAGUGAGGCUGACAGAUCAGCCAGUAUAGACAGCCAGUCCAGCUCUCAAAGGGACAGUGAGAGCCCAAAUGGCGUCUCGGAAAGUAUUGAAAGUGACUUCAUACCCUUGGCUAGGUCUACGCCCCAAGAUUCUGUUGCUGCCUGUGAUGCUCGUAAUUAUGAUGGGAAGGAAAGCGGACGAGAAUCGACUGAAGGUACCGAUGGUAUUGCCUCAGUUAUUACCGAUAAUUUUGCUAAUAAUUCCUCUGGAAGCGGGGACCCCGAUAGCUUGCGCGCUCAAAGAACAAGGGACGAUCUUGUGGUGACUGACAUUAACAGCUCAGAUAUGAAAAAUCCACAGGGCGAUUCGGGCACUUUAGAUAAAGGCGUCGUUAGCGACAGCUCUUAUUUGCGAUUCUCAAACUCAAAAGUACCCCGUGGAACGGAAGAUUUGUUAGAUGAUAAAGAAACGCGCGGGGCUUCGUUACCACUGGCAACCCUAAAUGAUGUGAUCAGUGAACCAUCUCUCGAGGUUUCGGAUCAGACAGAUGGGCAGGUUGUUGUGACGGCCCCGGUAAUUAAAACACAAGCGCUAAGUAUGCGGAGUAAACCCCAAGGAAACGGCCUCGAGCUAAACGCUCCCAGUAGUGACCGAGAAGCGUUACACUCAAAUGCCACUCCAAAUUCCGACGACAGGUUAACUAACGGCUCGCUCUGGGGUCACGGCCUUGCAAGUAACUCGACUCCAAGGAAACUACUCGAUGGAGAUAGCGAUUCGGAUUCAGAACUACUACAAGAUCUCGGCGGUUCAACGACCUUUGCCUCGUACGAGAAAGCACCGCAUGAAAUCCUAGCCGAGAUUUCACAGCGUCGUCGACUGCAAAAACCUGCUCUGGCCGCAAGGCAAGAAUUAACCAACUCGUUCGAGCCUUACGUGCGUGAACCGAUCUCUCAGAGGUCUUUGAACCCCGGUGGCGCGUUCGACCGAGUGCGAGAGAUCGAGGAGGGCGAAUCGGUGUUGCAUGAGGAUAUGAGCGUGCAGGAGUUCAUGGUGGAGGUGGAGAAACUGCUUGAGAAGCUACGAGUCAUCGACGACAUCAUGAGGAGCUGCUCACAACCCUCUCAGCAAGCGCUGAAGAAUGAGUUGGCGAAGCAUGUGGCCUUGUGUGUCGAGAUGUCUCGGCAGCAAAAUCGUAUCGACAUCAUGAAUUCGAUCGCUCUACGAAUGGCUCCCGACGCAAAUAGCAGCCUGCAAAUCAUCCUGGACGAGCGUCUGAAGGCUGUGAACAACCUGUGGCACGAGCUUCAAGCACGAGCCGCGGACAGACAGACGGACCUGGAGAUGAGCGUGCGAAACCAGGCUCAAGAACAGGACGGUACGCACCAAGACGAUAUCCUCGCAUUCCGCGAGAACUUCGCGUUUCUCAGGUCUCUGUACUUGACUGACGGCACCGACACGCCCCCUGCUGGAGAGCAGGGGGGAGCAAGUGACAAGGGCAGCAGUGACGAGGAUGGGUUUGAUGAGGAGCUUAUGACACAGAUUGAGCUACACGAGCUGUUUGAGGCCGUCGCGGAGAUCGAGGAGAGUGUCGAGACGGAGAAGGAUAUGGAAGGAGACUUGGGGGUGAUCAGAGAGCAGAUUGCUCGCAUGCAGGGAUACCUUGACGAGGUUCGACAGCAACAGAACAAGCUCUCCAGUAUAGCGACCAGGCACAGCACCCUUACAUCUAGCGAGGAGGUCAACAUUAACAAACAGGUCGAGGACUUGGAAGAACUGAUUCAAGGCAUCAUCAAGCUGAUGAUUGCAAAGAUGAUGACUAUUCGGGCUGCUUCUGAGCAGACUGCUAGUAUACAGUCCCUGGUCUUGAAUACGAAGGAUUACGACGGGAAGGUCUCAGAGGCAGUCGAGCAGGGCGCAUCUCUUGAGAAGAAAAUCAGACAACUAGGCCCUCUAGAUCGAGAGAAUAACCUGAACACUGAGCUUCUUAAAUUCCUGAUAUCACACAGCCUUGCAAUACUCCACCAAAGUCUUCUUGACUACCUGGACAAGACAUCAUCAGACUCUAGUCCUAGCAAAAGGAAACGACUGUCCGAGGUUAACCGUCAAUGGGAACGGCUACAGCCUUUGCUUCGCUCACGAGAACGCCAUCUUCAGACCUUGGGGCUUCUACCGCCCACUCAGGUAGACAAGAAACCUGUGGCCCUAGAAGAAAUCGCACCCCUUGAUGCCAUCCCCGUCGCUUGUGAACCUCAAUCGAAAGCCUCUCCUAGAGGAGAUGAGACGCCGAGACGAGAGACCCAAAAAAGAGACACCCCAGAGAGAAAUUCUACAACACCUUCUAAGAGCUUCUCUAGCCUGUCGGGCUCCCCCUUGGACCAGAAAUCUCCUCGAACAAAGCAGAAGCAGUAUGAGCGAGAACUUGAGGAGUUGUCGGAAUGGCUGACAUCACAGGAAAACGCAUUCCAGGAGCUUGUGUCGGACGAGACGAACCCUGAAAACCUGGACGCAUUGAAUGAUCGGCUACAGAGAUUUCAGGCGUUUUGUCGUAACAUUAAAACCCGUGUAAGCCGCCUGGACAUGUUCAAACAACACAGCGUUCAGUCCCCAGAGGGCAGGCGCGAGGCCGACCAAUCAUCAUCCAAGUACAAGGAUGUCAUCAAGUUGGCUACCAACAUGAGAGAGGUUUGCGAGGAAAAUGUGGAGUGGCUGAGCACUGUUCUGCUGCAAUGGCGAUCGUUCAACGAGUCUGUUCUCAAGUUGUCCAGCUGGCUGGAAAACCUCGAGCAGAGGUUCUUGUCGCCUGUGCGCACGCUUCCUGAGGAUGGGAUGGACGGAGUGCUGCUGAAAGCCAUGAAAUACCGCGAGCUGGAUCGAAAGCUUAACGACCGGCAGUCUGUGCGCGACGCGGCGGUCUAUGAGGGAGAACAGGUCUUCACGGCCACAAGUAAUGCCACGGUGCAUUCUCAAGUCACCGAGGUGACAGACCGCUGGCGUGCGGUGCGCCAGGAAGCUCGUGACGAGAGGCAGAGACUGGAAAAGCUGCUGCGCUCGUGGCGAGAGUACCAGGCUGACAUGGACGACCUCGUCGAUUGGCUGGUCAGCAUGUUGGCGCACAUGCGCAAUGAGGAAGUGGCGGCGACCAGUCUGGACAUGAUUGAAGCCCAGCUCGACAAGCUCAUGCAAUACCAAGAAGACAUCGAGCGCCACCAGCUGACCAAAGAGCGCCUGCAUGAGGCGGUGUCAGAUCUGCUUGAGUUGACUAGGGGCGAGACUGAAGGUCUGCGGGAGAGUCAGAUCAGUCUGGACGAGAACUGGUCCGAGCUCUGGGCCCUGCUUGAAGACAAGGAGGAGGAAUUGCUACGACGUCGCGGCGACUUACUGGUGGUGAUGUUACUCGGUGAUCUGGCUGAGCUUGACGCCUGGUUUACGGAGACACGACGGCUGUUGGACCAGCCUGUUAUUGUGGUUGGCAGCAACUCCUUUCUGGAAGCAAAACAGCAGCUUGAGACCUACAGGCGAAUAUCCAAGGAGCUUGAGUACAAGCAGCAGGGUUUAGACAAGCUUAGCGCACACGUGCAGGAGAUUAAAAGCGACAGUAACGAAGGCCCAGCACAGGAAGUCCGUGAUGCCUUGCGACGUCUCAGCAGCACUCGGUCCCAAAUCAUCACGGUCCUGUCGGAGAAAGAGCAGCGAUUGAAAUACGGGUUAAACCGGUGGAGCGAGUUUGAGAAGCUUUAUUCCGAGUUGAGACACAUCAAUGAGUGGUUUGAGAGUCGGGAGGCGGCAAUGGGGCGAUAUCAGAAGAUUGUCUCGCGAAAGGAGUUUAGUAUAGCGCUGGAGGACGUGAAGGCAAUGAAAGGCUUUCUGCGCACGCAGAAGCAAGCGGUACGUGAGAUUCUUCAGUUCGGCAAAAAGCUGAUCGGCGAUUCUUCAGUUGAUCAGGAUGACCUUCAGGAAUGGCUAGACGGGGUGGAGGAGCGCUGGGAUGAGCUGAACACUAAGGUUGACGAUUACGAAGUAUGGCUAGACAGCUCCUUGCGCGCCGUGGAGGGGUAUGAAGAUGCCAUCACAAACAUCUCCGCAUUCCUGGAUACAGCCCAGGAGGCUCUAGACACUCGCUUAGCCGCUGGUAGCGACAUGGAAGCACUGCAGGCACACGUCUCUGAAUUGGAGGCCCUACGCGAUGGUCUGGAAGGCGCUCGGGAGAGACUGGACGAAGCGUCCGAAGUAGCCGCCCAACUCGCUCAGAAUAGCGACCCGUCUGUGUCCAGUCAGUUUAGAGUCAAAGUGAGUCACGUCAGUGAUCGGUUUCAAAGCAUCAGCACACGACUUCAAGAAAAAUUAAAACAACAAAGUGAGCUUUAUAACAUGUGGCACGAUUUCCGACGCGCCUGCGCAGAUCUUGUGGCUUGGAUCGAGAGCCAAGAGGUACUGCUAGCGGAACACGUGACGGUGGACGCCCCACUUGCCGCUCAACUACAGCAACUUCAAGCUUGCAAGGACCUUGAGGAGGACGUGGACCUGCACCGGGAUAGCCUCUCUACCGUCAACAUCCUCGCAGACAAGCUGAAGUUCCGAGUGAACCGCAGCGCCACUUUUAUCACCCCUCUCAGAGCAGAGGUGACUAAGCGAUUUAACCAGCUGAAAGACGAGUUAGCCGAUAAAUCAUCCAGGCUCCGUGAGGCAACACGCGAUUGGAUUGAGAUGCAGAAGACUGUGGAUGAGUUGAAUUUGCGACUUGAUGAGGCUCACGUGACUGCUGAAACUUCGACUGAGCUUGAGGCGGACGAUGGAGUCAGCAUACUUGAGAAUCUAUCACUAGAAGCUGAUGACUCCCAGCGUAAGCUUUCAGAACUUAACCAGAGCAUGACCGAGAGACCCCUUGGCUCCUCAAGUGACCAAACAGACGGCAUUAACCUACAAAUAACAGAGCUCACCAAUAAGUGGGGCGAGCUGAAGAGCAAAGUAGCGGGAAAACUAGAGCAGAAUCGCAAAGUAACGGCGCGGCGCCGGGAACUGGAGGAAAGGCAUUCGGCGCUCAAGAACUUUCUUGUUUUGCUAGAAUUUGAGGGAAAUUCAUGGAAAGACAGUUCUGCUCGUGCCGAAAGGCUUCAGAUUGUUGAAUUCCACGAUAAUUUUGACAAGUACCGCUCAGACCUGGCGACGCUGACGAGCCUUGCUGAAGAGCUGGAUCAAGAGCGUUCUGCUGACAGUCCUUACAGGGCGAGCCUUGAGGAAAAACUCAAUAAUCUCAGACCACUAUGGAAGGACGCUUGCAGGUUGUUGGACGAAUACAAAGACCACGUGAGUCAUCAGAGUGAAAGGUCCCGGAUGUUCCACCGCACCUGCAAGCAGUUGUUGAUGUGGAUGGAUGGCUUGGAGUCGCACACUGGGUUCGGCAUCCCCGCGUCCUCAAGCAUUCAACAGAUGAAAGUACACUUUGAACACGUCAAGAUGUGUCAGAAAGAGAUUAACGCUAAGCGGCCUGACUUUGAGUCUGUGCGCGCCUUGGGUGAACAACUCGUGCGCGAGUGUGCGGGUGUAGUGGCGAGCGAGUGUCGCGUAGAACUCGAGGCUGUCGCGCAACGAUGGCAGCUAGUAAACACACGCGUGACGAGUAACCAGCAGCGGCUUGAGGUCGCUCUGAAGGACUGGCAGGAGUACACGGCGUUGAUGGAAAAUGUCACGGUUUGGCUGCGGGACAAGGAGAAGCACCUAAAGCGCCCUUCUACUGCCACCAGUCUCGUAGAGCUCGACAGAGAGCUGGACGCCGUCAAGCGAAUCGGUAAAGAAAUCGAUGAGCGCAAAUCACAACUCGAGUUGAUAACUCGUCGCGGGGACUUACUCGCAAACUCGACCGAUCAGUACGAGUCGGAGCGAAUCCUCAAACAGAUUAACUCGCUGUCGACCCUAUGGCAAAGCGUGUGUCAGCUGGUGGCGUCCGCCAUGACCAUCAUACUUGAUGUACAAAAGCACUACGAGCUGUUUACUCAGCUUCAUGAGCUCUUAGAUGCCUGGCUCAAUACUGUACAGGCCUCCGUGUCACGUGACCUGGAGGAGUCCUUCCUCAGUAGCCCGGAUGAGCAGGGAGACACUGUUUUCCAGGUUUACGUCGCGGACAUUGAGCGUCAUGAGUCCACCCGGACACAGAUGAACGACAGCGCGUUCCACGUCAUCCGUCGAGGCAGCGGGACCCCGUAUGCUGACCACGUGACCAUGAUGCAACAGGAACUGAAUGAUCGCUGGCGCGCCUUGUGUCAGCAGCUGGGUGUGACGUAUAAAAAGGCAGAAGAGACCAAGUUCGGGUUACGAAUGCUCGAGAUUCAACUCAAGCAGCUUAACACAUGGAUGACAAAACUCGAGGACAGGCUUUUCUCUGUCGCAGCGCGUGGCACGUGUGAGAUUAGCGAGGCGCAGAAACGAUUUGCCGACUUAAAGUCUAUGCACGAGGAUGUCGAGGAGCACGCGAAUGACGUCAGGAUUGUACUUGGACUCUGCCAGAGACUACAGCGCGACCGUACUGCUUGCCCCACUGAGGAUAGCCGUCGAACGCUCAAUGCCACUCGGGAGAGCUUCGAAUCUCGAUGGGAGGCGGUUCGUAAGAAUGCUGAAUCGAGGCGCCGACAGGCCGAGGAGAGACUGGUGCUUUGCAGAGAGUACUGGAACGAGUUUCGGAAGUUUGUUGAGUGGUUGGGAGAAACUGAGAAUGCGCUGAAAGCGGAAACCUCUGGUCAGGAAAAUGCACGUGCAAAGCUCAACACUUACGAGGCUUUUCGCAAAGACAUCACGUCACAUCAUGCACAGUUGCAGCGUAUCGCGUCCCGCAGUCGUUAUCUCGUCAUCGAUUGUCGACCUGAAUCGGUUAAAGACGUGCAGACAAGCGUCGAAUCGAUCAAGACUCGCUGGCAGGCUCUGUCGUCCAAGAUAGAAGACCUGGCCAAUAAACAAUCCAAGCUAACCACGAGGUCGGAGAGAUACGAGGCGCUCAAGAGUGAAGUCGUCGCGUUUGUGACCGAUGCCGAGUUGAAACUAAUAGCACUAGAUCCGUUCACUUCAGAGCAGGGCACAAAGACCCAGUUGGGCCAGCUGAAGGCGCUGCAGCGAGAGAUCAACAAGAACUAUUCCAAGCUUCGCACAUUUUUGCAGGAGGGGAAGAGGCUCCGAGAGUCCCUGACCAGUACAGAGUACCAAGCCGUGCAGAAGACCUUGGAUGAGCUUAACUCAAGGUGGCAACAGGCGUUGCAUUGUUGUAUGACGUGGAUUCUGGAUCUCGCUAUACCAAACGCCUCAUCACCCCCACCCCCACCAGACAAGUCACCUACGCCCUCCUGACGACAAUGAUGAUAUCCGAAAUAGUUCGUCUAAUACUUUAUAAUAAUAACAAGAAGUUAUACGAAAAAUUUUAAUAAGUGCUAGAUGUAUUAUACGUCUAUUAUAUAUAUAUAUAUUAAAUAAGCAUUAAUAGUUUCACAAUUUUUAUAUAAAUCACACGUUGUGUGUGAAAAUAAUAUCAGUUUUAAUUCUAAAACCUUAUUCCGUUUGGACAUAUUAACGUUGUAAAUUGCUCAAUAUAUUUUAUCUUAUAUAUUAGCGAAACCCUAGUUUGUAUUAUAAUAAGCCAUAAUGAUUUCAGUGAUGUAUAUAUGACGUGAGGUAUAUGGGUGUACAGUGGAUAAAAUAAUAUUUUUAUAUGUGUUUUUAUGACGUACAGUUGUGUAAAUAGAAUCCAGUCGUCAAAUGUCCAAUAUUUAUAAAUAAAGUAUUAAUGAUAAUUUAUUGAACAAAA